CGCAAAACCUCAAACGUGCUGGAACAGAGAUUGUCCGAGUCGAUCGCAAAAAAAAACUAUAUUAGAAACGCGUCCAACCAUUACACGAAGUUUUUGUUUAAUUUGUAGCUAAUUAUCAACAAAAUGUCAAAUCUAACGAAAAAACGUGUGUUGAACAACGGUCAAGAGAUGCCUAUCGUGGGUCUAGGCACCUGGAAAUCAUUCGAAUCGGAUGCUUAUCAUUCAACUAAGGCCGCCAUCGAUAUCGGUUAUCGACAUAUUGACACCGCCUUCGUGUACGAGAAUGAACAGGAGGUGGGCAAAGCGAUACUCGAGAAGAUCGCUGAGGGUGUGAUUAAGCGCGAGGACAUUUUUGUCACCACUAAAUUGGGUGGAAUACAUCACGACCCCGAGAUUGUGGAGCGCGCCUUUCGUUUGAGUCUCACCAACUUGGGUCUCGACUACAUUGAUCUGUAUCUGAUGCACUUGCCCAUUGGCCAGAAGUUCCACAACGACAGCAAUGUGCAUGGCACUUUAGAACUUACCGAUGUCGAUUAUCUGGACACAUGGCGGGAAAUGGAGAAAUUGGUUGAUCUCGGCCUGGCACGCAGCAUUGGCUUGUCCAAUUUCAAUGCAGCACAGACGGAGCGGGUGCUUCAGAAUUGCCGUAUCAAGCCGGUGGUCAACCAGGUGGAAUGUCAUCCGGCAUUCCAGCAGCAACAGUUGCGUGCCCAUGCCAAGAAGCAUGAUCUGGUAAUCUGCGCCUAUUGCCCGCUGGCCAGACCACAACCCGCCCGCCACUGGCCGCCAUUCCUGUACGAUGAGCAUGCGCAACAGUUGGCCAAAAAAUACGGUCGCACCGCGGCGCAAAUAAGCCUGCGAUAUCUCAUCCAGAUUGGCGUUGUACCGCUGCCGAAGUCAUCGAAUCCCAAACGCAUUGCCGAGAACUUUAACGUCUUCGAUUUCGAGUUGGACGCCGAAGAUGUGGCAUCCAUGGAGAAAUACCAUACCGGUGUGAGAACAGUUCCAUUCAGCGGCAUGGCGGGCCACAAAUACUAUCCAUUCAAUGAUGAAUACUAGUCUUAACUUAAAUGGUAUUUUUAUUAUUUUUUAAAUUGGUGGCUUAGUAUUUUGAAAUAAACACCUUAAACAGAA